AUGAAGCCAUUAAUCGGAUUGUUUUUCAAUGUGAUCGAGAAGAACUUAGAAGGUAAAACGUCAUUGGAUAUCCUAAAACCUGAAUAUGUAGAAGCAAGGAAAAUUUUAAUGAGUGCAGGAGUUAAACAAGGUUCAUCACUUGUCAAUGAUACCACCAGUUAUGAAAAUUACUUGAACUCAAGUAUGACAUUGAAAGAUCUUAUUAUCGAAUUUGGUUUGUCAGCAGUUGUGCUUAUUGCAACUGCUGCAUCUCAUACCGCUCUCACUCCCUGUUCAGGGAUUGCUCACAUUGAUACCACUCCUGUUUUUCUUGGCAUCACUUCUGUUUAUAAUACUACUACUUCAACCAAUUCCACCAGCACCAACUUGUACAACAAUACCCCAAGGUCCACUGCACCUGGCUUUGGAACUGAUGGUUUUAGUCCACUGCACCUGGCUCUGGGUAAUGGACACACGAACACUGUGAAACGACUUGUCAAGCAUGAUCUGGAGCUUGCUCGUGUACCAGGGAGGGAAGGGAUCACUCUUUUGCAUUAUGCAGUGGAAAAAAAUGACAUCGAUCUUUUGAUUUAUUAUCUUCUCAUGAGCGAUAAUAAAACAGUGUUGGGAUGGAGAAACGAGGAAGGCAAUACCAUGAUGCAUCUUGCAGCAUUAACAAACCAAUCACAGUUCAUGAACAAUAGCGGGGAAGUAAAGACAGUUGAGUUAUCGAAUCCUGAUAAUGCUACAGUAGCAAAAAGUAGCUUUGGAGGAACCCCGUUGAAGUGGCUCUGCAUCUGCAAUGUCUAG